UUGGCUUCACGCAAAGGGCAUUCGGUUCCAGACUCAUGGGGUGUCGAAAAGGGUGGAAAGAGCUCUGAGAAUCCGGAGAAAAUCCUUGAAUCUGGUGGUUUACUUCCUCUUGGUGGAACUGAAAUAAGCGGAGGGUAUAAAGGAUAUGGCUUAUGCUCAUUAGUUGAAAUCUUCUGUGGUAUUCUCGGUGGAGCCCAUUGGGGGCCCAAUGUUCGCAAAUGGAUGAGCUCUUCCGAAGACGCAGAUUUGGGACAAUGCUUCAUCGCGAUCGAUCCUAAUGCAUUCGCUCCCGGAUUCUCUGGACGAUUGGAGGAGUUCCUCACGACUAUGCGUAACUUGCCGCAGGUAGAAGAUGGUAAAGCUGUAGAAGUCCCUGGUGAUAUGGAGAGACGUCACGAGGAACUGGUGGCCAGUCUUGGAGGAAUACCUUAUCACCCGAACCAAAUACAAUUUGCGGAUGCACUGGCCGAUAAGCUGGGCAUUGAAAAGCUUAAACGACUGUGA